GUCUCGAAAUACAGUGCAAAAGUGCCUUCAUUAGUAGAUCGCAGCUCCGAAAGAGGGGAAAACUUCCGUGUGUGAUUCCAUCCGAUAAUCACACAACGAUGACGAUAUUAAUAAGUGGAAAACGACCGCUCCGGCUAACCCUAGCCGUGACCCUGCUGCUGUGCGUGCUAUCAUCGUUCACGGCAGCCCAAUCAUCAUCCCAAUUGACCUGCCCGGGCAAAACGACCUGCCGGGAGUGCAUCCAGAGCAACAACUGCCGCUGGUGCACCCAGGCCAACUUUACCAAACCGAGAUGCCACGGGCACGACAUCGGCUACUGCCCGGAGGAGUACACCGUAGAUCCGAGUAACGAAGCGAUCAUGCUGGUCGACCGGGAGCUGAGUAGACCGAUUCAAGGGGGUGGAUCCAUGGUGGAAGGUGGCUACGAAGCGGAGAUGUCCGGAAGCUCCCAUUGGUCGCAAUCCGGCUCGUCUCACUCGUCGUCAUCCUCGUCAUCGUCGGGUAGCAUGAGUGCCAGCGGCCAGAGCAUUGUUCAAAUUCGCCCGCAGCGGAUGCAACUGAAGUUGCGAUUGAACGAAGUCUACCGGUUGAACGUCAAGUACUCGCAAGCCGAAGACUACCCCGUCGAUCUGUACUACUUGAUGGACCUGUCCAAGUCCAUGGAGGACGACAAGGAAAAACUAUCCUCGCUGGGGGCCCAGCUGGCCGAGGAGAUGCAGAAGAUCACAUCCAACUUCCGACUCGGGUUCGGAUCGUUCGUCGACAAGGUCCUCAUGCCGUACGUGUCCACCGUACCGAAGAAAUUGGAGCAUCCGUGCGAUGGUUGCGAAGCACCGUACGGUUACAAGAACCACAUGUCGCUGAGCGUCGACACGGGUCGGUUUUCCGAAGAAGUCGAGCGAGCUGCCGUGUCCGGUAACCUGGAUGCCCCGGAGGGUGGUUUCGACGCCAUCAUGCAGGCCGUGGUGUGCCGUGAGCAGAUCGGUUGGCGCGAGAUGGCCCGCCGUCUGCUGGUGUUCUCGACCGAUGCCGGGUUCCACUACGCCGGCGAUGGCAAGCUGGGCGGUGUGAUCACGCCGAACGAUGGCGAGUGCCAUCUGGACAAGACCGGCCGCUAUACGCAUUCGACGAUCCACGACUAUCCGAGCAUUUCGCAGAUCAACCUGAAGGUGAAGCAGAACGCGAUCAACGUGAUCUUCGCGGUGACGCAGAACGAGCUGUCGGUGUACGAGCGGCUGUCCAAGCUGGUCGAGGGAUCAUCGGCGUCCAUGUUGUCGAACGAUUCGUCCAACAUUGUGUCGCUGGUGCGAGAUGAGUACAAUAAAAUCUCUUCGUCGGUUGAGAUGAAGGACAACCGUACGGACAGUUUGAUUGACGUGAAGUACUACUCCCGCUGCAAGGGCGAUGGACCACUGGUGCAAACGAGUAAGUGCGACGGUCUUAAGGUAGGAGACCUUGUUCAAUUUGAGGCCCACAUAACCUUGCUGAAGUGUCCGGAGAAUCCACGGGACUGGAAUCAGAUUCUGCAGAUCUACCCGGUCGGUAUCAACGAAAGCUUGACGGUGGACAUUGAGAUGCUCUGUAGCUGUCCGUGUGAACUUCCGGGUAAUCCGGACUUCAAGGAGAACGCCGAAGAGUGCAGUGGUGUCGGAACGUACAAGUGCGGAAUCUGCGACUGCGAUGAGUUCCACCAUGGCCACAAGUGUGAGUGCUCGGCUACGGAUAUUCACACGGAAUCGGGCCUAGCUGAAGGCUGUCGGCAAACGAAUACCUCGAUCGAAUGUAGCGGACGGGGACAGUGUGUCUGCGGGGUGUGCGAUUGUGACAAACGGGUCAAUAUGGAGGAGAUUAUUUCUGGCCAGUUCUGCGAAUGUGAUAACUUUUCCUGCGAUCGCCACAACGGACUGUUGUGUUCCGGGCCGAAGCAAGGACAAUGCUCCUGCGGAGAGUGUAUCUGCCAGGAAGGAUGGACGGGAGCAGCGUGCGAUUGCAAGGCAUCCAACGAAAGCUGUAUUCCACCGACCGGUGGGGAAAUAUGCUCCGGUCAUGGUACUUGCGAGUGUGGAAGUUGCAGAUGUAAGAUAACCGAGGAGGGUCGCUACUCGGGCCGAUUUUGCGAAAAGUGCCCAACCUGUUCGGGACGGUGCAACGAGUUCAAGCACUGCGUCCAGUGUCAACAGUACAAGACGGGUCCGCUGGCCGAUCCGACGGACUGUGCCACCAACUGUACCCUGUUCGUGCCUAUUCCGGUCCAGAAGGUUGAGGUCGACGAAGAGAAGGACGACAACAAGUGUACCUUCUUCGACGAGGACGACUGCCGGUACGAAUUUUCCUACAACGACAGUGGAGAGCAGGUCGUCGUGAAGGCUCAGGAAGAACGCGAAUGUCCACCGAAGGUGUUCAUGCUGGGCAUUGUGUUGGCCGUGAUUGCAGCCGUCGUUUUGAUUGGAUUGGCCGUCCUCCUGCUGUGGAAGCUGCUGACCACAAUCCACGAUCGUCGGGAGUUUGCUCGCUUUGAGAAGGAACGCAUGAUGGCCAAAUGGGACACGGGUGAGAAUCCAAUCUACAAACAGGCGACCACCACGUUCAAAAACCCAACGUACGCCGGCAAGUGAGAAGCCAAAUCAACAAGUGCCUAAAUCAUACCUUAGCCGGCAAUGUUUGCCGCAAUCCAAUUUUCCAAACUUUUUGCAAGAGGAGCGUGAUUCCCUGUCGGUUAAACAACAUACUAGUCUCUUAACCACUCUUGAAUGCCUACAUCUUCCAUUGAAACAACUUCAGUGCUACCGACAUCGGUUUGAUCACCUUUUGCAAGAUUUAUGGAAAGGAACUUUUUUUAACAGAAGAAAAAAAAAACAACAAUUUGGUCUAAAAUUUUGGACAUUUAUUGGUUUGCCAAACUGACGAGGGCAGCCCACCUUAAACAAGCAAAAAAAAAUGCGAAAAGCCUUACAAAAAACGUGCAUUGUAAAACCGCUUGUUGCCGAAGUAGAAGAUAGAAACAUUUUAAAGACUAAUGACAAAAGAAAACUAGUACGUAAACAAAAUCGAUAAACAAUCAAAAACCGUUGAAUCGUAUUCAAACAAUACAUAAGUGUACUUAUCGCGGGCAGAAAAAAAACAUAAAACAUUUUAAACAAAGCCAAAAUUGUACUAAGCAAUAAAUGGGAAGGAAAACAGGAGGGAGACUUUUUCGCAUGAAUGUAGACAUGUGCUGCCAUCUUUAAUUUAAAAACUGAUAGAGAGGGGCAACUAGUCGAAAGCAAUCUUCCGGCUAGUUUCCCAUCUCUGCGUCGAGUCCCUUAUUGGGACAGUAGGGUUUGAUUGUGUUUUAACGAGAAUUUUUAUAUAUUUUUAUAUUAAUUUAAAACAGAUUUGUAUUAACAAAGUGUCAAAUGUGUCAAAUUUUUAGAGAUUAGUUCUGGAAGGGAAAAAAAAGGUAACGCACACAGUAUAAUUCUAUUUUAGCGUGUGUUUGUGACGAUCCAUAUGAGUUUUCGGCUAACAUCAUUCAUCAAAACGUUCAUUUUGUUCUGUAUUCUAGUUCAAAUUUUAUGUAAAUAAUUUAUUUUCUUUAUAACGUGCAUAUUGGAGAUUUCAUUGAUGAAAAUCAGAAAACCGUAUUAACAAGUCGAUUUACAAAAGUGAAUAUUUAAACGAAACAAAAAAAAACUACUUUAAACGAUUUAGAUGAGUAUCGAAUUAAUGUAUUGAAAUAGAGUUAACUCUAACAGUA